CAGGACAAAAAAAAUGCAAAAUAAGACAAAACACAAAAGGCAAACCGCACUGUUUGUGCAGCCCAUCACACAGACAGAAUUCGACGAGGUUUGUGGAGACGGUCCACUGUCACUGUCUUUGAGGACUUCAGAAAAACAGCACUCAAGGACACAUCACUUCAGAGCACUCAGUGUGUCCCUAGGAUUAUGACAGGAUUUUUGAAGGCCCAAAGAAAUACAUAACAUGACUGGGUCCCAAAUUGACCAUAUCUGUCAAAAAUCUGCAACGUCUCUUUUGCUGUAUGACGCAACAGUCACACGUUUCAGGGAUCUGAAUCAAAUGUUUGGUAGCCAUUAUCCAGCCCACCACAGCCUUCUCUCUCAUCCACUCACAAUUCAGAUGCAUCUCACAGGCAAAAUACAUCUACCCCACCCCAAUACCACCAAAAGGUACGACCAUAUCAACUCAAACCCAAAUUCUCAUCUAAAGAAUCACAGCUCGGAAAUUUCAAACCUCAAACUCUCAAGCAUGUGUACAAGGUCUGGGUGAGAUUGUAUGUGAUCUGUCCUAGGCCAAAAAUUCCUCUCUCUGUGGACCUGGUGAGCCAGAAACUAUUUCUCUUCUUCCAAACUAUAAUGGUGGCACAAGCACAAAACACAGUCAUAGACAUUGCCGCUUAAAAUCAUUUCAAAAUACAGCAUACACAUUCCACUAGGUUUCAGACCCGGGGAUAACUCUCUCCAUCCUCUGCACUGAAUCAUCUUUCCCUUUUCAUGAAUUGUAUCAUGUAAGCUGAUCUGGUAGUUCAAAGAUAUAAUUCCAAAACUUUAGAAGCUGAGACUGGAAGAUCCGUGGUUUCAUAGCCAGACUGGGUUACAUAGAGUUCUAGGACAGCCUGGACCUCAUAGUAAGACCCUGGUUCAGGAGGAUGUGGAAGAGGAGGAGAAGGAAUGAAGGGAGGCAGGGAGAAAGGAAAAAGAAAGCAUGUGCUAGCAGCUGAAUAGCUUUAUUAAUCUGUUCCUGCCUACAAAAUUUUGGUAGACCAGUACUCUUCUUUUUAUUUUAAUUCUCUCUGUCCUUUUAUGGAAAACAGUAUUUCUAUCAAUGCAACACUCGCAAAAUCCUUGUGAGACACAUCACAGAGAUUCAUCUAGUCAGAAAGAGGCUCCUCCUGAUCUUUUGUGGAUAAUUUAAGUUCCAUCCUGACUUCUGCAGCGAUGGCUGGGAGAAUGCGUGACAUGUACUCCCCAACAAUUCAGUAGCAAAAAAACUGUCCAUCCAUACAAUGUCUUUCCCUCCAAAGCUUAUUGUCUUCACAGGGACUCUUUUAAUAUUUAGUACCUAUGUUAUUAAUAGGCUACCACUGUAAUAAAAUGACCGAAAUAAGAAACUUAUAAAGAGAGAAGGUUUAUUUCGGCUCAAGUUUCAGGUUUCAGUCUCUGGGUGGUUAGUCCUGUUGCUUUUGGGUCUAUGACAUGGUAGCGUUCUAACAAGGAGUGUGUGAGAACAAAGACCUCGGGGUCAAGAACAAAUGUAAAGGACAGGAAGGGGCUGAGGUCCCACCAGUUCCUUCAAGAGCCCAUCUCCAGUGACCACCUCCUAGUAGGUCUCAUCUUUCAAAGUCUCCAGUGACUCCCGAUAGCAUCAAACUGAGGAGGAUGCCUUUGGGUGCAGGGGCUUUCGGGGAACACAUUUCAAACCACAGCAGCUUGUCCUGUGAUCUGCCUGUGCUGCAUUCCCACACUGCCAAGCCCUGUUUCCCUUUUGCUCGACAGUUCUUCCAGUUAUUUAUCCUUUUUCUUUCACAUUUUACCAUAGACAGCAAGAAAAGGACCAGCUGCUACACCUUCCACAUUUGGCUUGGAAAUCUUAUCUAAACACCCAAUCUCUCCCUCUCAGAGUCUGCUUUUCAUAUGACAACAGGGUCCAAAGCAGCCAAUCUUUCUGCUGCUGCAUAGCAAGACUUCACUACCUUUGGGGAUUGUUUGUUUGUUUGUGUUCACAGGGUUUUAUCAUUAUGAUGGCAUGCCUAUUGCUAAAUACAUUCCCUGGCAAAAAUAUUAGUAGAUUGUUCAUUUUCAAGAAACCUAGGGUGAUUAGCUGGGUACACCUUUUCAUUCCAGGGCAUUUUUUAUGAUGUCACUGAGUCACUUACCCCUGAGUCACUAUGACUGACGAUGUAACAAUGAUCCUCAUUGUGUAUUUUGCUGGGCUGUCUAACAGGAUUAUCUGAAAGUCCUUGACGGAAGCACCACGUUACCUAGUGCUUGGGGCUUCUUCUGCUCUGUCUGACCAAUUUUUUUAGCUCAAGAUUUUCUUCUCAGUUAAGGCAUGAAGAUGUCUAACUGGAGACUAUCUGUGCUUUCCCCCCUCCUGUUUCUUUGUUUCUUCAGAGAGGGUGUCUGCAUUUGUGAUGGGACCACCUGGACCAAGGUCGGAUGGGAGAUUUUUCCUGAUGAAGUGCUCUACCUGAAAGUUAAGGCUUCCUCAUCCCACUGCCUGCCUUACCCUCUGGACAAACUCUGCUGCAACUUUGCUAACCUGGACCUCGUCCAGAGUUCUUUACGCCUCUUGUACAUCUUAGUAGAAGCUCUCUUCUUAAUCCUGUUUGUUUUAUCUGUGCAUUACCUAUGGAUGAAAUGGAUGAAACACCAAAGAAAGCUGAAAAAGCAAGCCUCUUUAGAGAAACAUGGUGAUGACCUAGAGAGUGCAUCCAUCUAUGACAUUGAGCAGAUCCUCUGCAGACUGCUGGCCACAACAUCAAUGAUGACCAAGUUCCUGAAGCAGGUGUCCCAACAUUCUUCCUUUAAGAAAGUUAAGCAACACCAUAGAGUAAAGAGGAAGAAGAGUGAAGGGGGAGAGGAGUCAAAGAAUACUAAACCUAUGCCCAUGCAAUGUAGCUCAGUCAAGUUCAGAAGAGUACAAAAGAAAUCUAUUUCCAGGACUAUCUGAGGAUGAAAAGGUUUCUUUGGGAGCUGGUGUAGGGUUUUUUGCCACGACCUUCACUGAAAAAACUUUCAGACAAGUCUGGAUUUCCAUUCAACUGAAAAAGAAUCCACCCUUACUAGUGUGGCUCCCAGAAUAAAAUGAAAACACCUUAACCUGGCACGUACAGUAUAAUCCGGUGGUAAUUAUAGCAGCCGCAUUUUUUUUCCAGCCUGACUAUUUUUUUUUUCAACAUGACAGUUGCUAUGUGCUUUACACUGCUUCAUUUAGUUUUCACAAAUCUCAAGAGGAAGGAUCCAUUAUUGGCCCUUCUUUCCAGAAAAGGAAACUUGGGUACAAAGAAUUAGGGUACUCUACUCACACUCACGUAGGAUUCAAACCCAAGCAUCCUUCAGGAACCGUGUGCUUACCCCUUCCACCUACACUCCAGAUUACCUGUGGGAGCUAUGACAUGGGCUCCAGUAAGGCAAUCUUGUCCCGUCCAUCCCCAGAUCUAACAUUCAGCUUGUGCUCUUAGCUCUGCCACUGUGUAUUCAAAUCCCAUUCAUUUGACAAGGCCCAGGUGAACCCCAACAAGCUGGCUUCCUGUUCUCUUUCAGGGCAUGGACUGCCUUUCCUGCCAAUUUUUACCUUUAACCUUUCUCUUUAUAUUCACAUCUUUCUGAUACUGUUAUAUAAUUGCCAAAUAAUUUCUAGAUGAUUGAUCCUCCUAAAAAAAAAGUCCAGAUGGCAGAAAGAACAAGUUGUACCUACAACCAUAUUACCAUAUUUAGUAGUGGGCAAUUCACAAAAGCUUGCUAAGCACAUGCAUUCAGAUAAAAAAAAACUGGUUUGAAGUUUAUAAGCACACACAGUGAGUUACACAGGUAUGUCUUCCUAAAAGCUUUUCAAGCUGUAUGUUAUAGAUCUAGAGAAUGAUAGAGCAAAAUUCAAGAUAGAACAUAGACUUUUGGACUCUGUUGAAGUAGAAUAUGCAUAAAAGACAUGAAAAGUGUACAUCUCAAUGAACUUUCAUAAAUGAAAUAUCCAUGUAACCAGGGGACAAAUUGAGAAAAAUAACAGAUCUCAGAAGCCCUCUCAUGCCAUAGGGUAAUUGUGAUUUGGGUUACUAACACCAUAGGUUAACUUUUCCUAGGAAAAUAUUUUUAUAACAAUUUUUCUCUCUGAAGAGGUCAAAUAUAUUACUGAAAUAUGCUAAUAUGUAAGCAUUUAAGGAAUAGUGUACUUUGCCUGGGUCUUUCAGAAAACAACCUUGAACAUAUACUGCAUGUAUCCUCCCAUGGAAAUUUAUUACUUAAGUUGUUAGAAGUUGGUAAAUCAACGAUACACACACACACACACACACACACACACACACACACACACACACACACACUUCUCUCAGAAAAUAACCUUGAACAUAUACUGCAUGUAUAAUUUAUUGCUUAAAUAGUUAGAAGUCAGUAAACCAAAAAGACACAAAUACAAAGAAAGAAAGAGCAGUAAAGAGCAAUGCUUUACUCAAUAGCAAAGUAAAAGAGAAAAGAAAAAAUGAAGGCAAUCUUCAUAGAUUGACAAUAGAAAAUACAGCAUUUAAGCCAGGUGGUGGUGGCUCAUGCCUUUAAUCCCAGCACUCAGGAGGCAGUCAGAGUCAAGCGGAUCUCUGUGAGUUUGAGGCCAGCCUGGUCUACAGAGUGAGAUCCAGAACAGGCACCAAAACUACACAGAGAAACUCUGUCUCAAAAAAAAAAAAAAAGAGCCAGGCGGUGGUGGUGCACGCCUUUAAUCCCAGCACUCGGGAGGCAGAGGCAGGCGGAUCUCUGUGAGUUCGAGGCCAACCUGGUCUACAGUGCGAGAUCCAGGAAAGGCGCAAAGCUACACAGAGAAACCCUGUCUCGAAAAACCAAAAAAAAGAAAAAAAAAGAAAAAGAAAAAGAAAAUACAGCAUCUAGCUGGAAGGUAAAAUGGUUAAUCAUCUCCUUCCAUGCUCUUAACCAUCUUAACAUCACAUGUGC